AGGGGAGAGGGAGUUAAAUAUUCUUUUAAUACUAUUUCUAGAUUAAAAAAUAUAUUCUACAGCCUUCUUAGUAAUAUUACAAAUUUGUAAUUGAAGUCUCUCACGUGACAAUAUAGGUGGCACUAUUAGCGGUACGUAAUAAGUAUAUUCGAUGAAAGACAACUUCACUCUAUUUGAAAAGUUAGAAUUGAAUAGAUUAUUUUUCAUUUCUUCAAAGAUUAAAAAAAUUAUAAUUAUUUAUUGCGAGUGAUAAUUUAUAUAUUGAAAUUAUAUAUCAAACAGAAAUAUUUUUUUAAAUAUAUUUUCUAAUGAUUGACAAAAAUAAAUAUUGUUAAUCGUGUGACUAUAUUCAUUUUGAAUUAUAUCGAAAACUGUUUAUUCGGAUUGGUUCGUACAAAGUGUAAUACAAUGUAAAAUUGAAAUAUAUUUUUAUAUUUUUAUGUGAAAACUUUAUAUCAUACUUUUGUGGAGAGUAAUAAAAGAAAUCUUUCAUUAAAUAUGUUGAUUUAUGACGUUUUACAUAAAGAAAAAGUGUAUGAAAUCGUUAUUAACGAUCUCAGAAACAUUGGGAUAAAAUAUCGUUUUAAAAAGAAUGCGAUUAAAACAGAUAAAUUUGAAAAAAGUAAAAAUAUUUCAAAGAAAGUCUUCAGAACACCUUUAUCAUAUCAACCGUUAGAUGUUGUUAAUCUAUCAUCAGGUGGCAUAGUUCAUGUGCCUGUAUUCGUUAGUCAGGCAUCUGCAUUUCUUGAGAAACAUAUAACCCAAGAAGGUUUAUUCAGAAAAGCUGGAUCUCAUAUGAGACAAAAAGAAUUAAUGUCAUACUUGGAUAAAGGUUCUUUAUUGGGAGAAAAAAAUCAUGCAAUCGAUGUUGCCAAUUGUUUAAAAACAUUCUUCAGAGAUCUUCCGGAGCCAUUAAUUCCAUAUACAUAUCAUGAUUUAUUUUUACACUGUGCAAUGUUGAAAAACCACCGUGUUCAAGCAUUGUUAUUGGCUUGUGUGUUGUUACCUCCUUAUCAUUUGAAUACUUUAGCAUUUGUAAUGGAAUUUUUAAAAAAAGUAUCUCUCUAUGAGAAACAGAACAAAAUGAGUAUUGAUAAUUUAGCAAAAGUUAUUGGCCCUAAUAUUAUGCCUUUAAGAGAAGCUACUAUGAUGGCAGUUCAAAGUAGACUUGAAUUGCAUUUAAUUAUUGUUAAGAUUUUGAUAGAAAAUGCUGAAAAUAUUGGGGUUUUACCAGACCAUAUAACACAUCUUAUUUUAUCUGAAGUAAUUAGUAGCAUUGAUAAUGAAUUGGAUCUAUCAGAUUCGCAACUACAUGGGAAAUUGAAGAAAAAGAAAUAUCGCAGUGGAAGUCUUACGCGUAAGCCACAUCUAAGUGCCUCUAACCUGAAUCUAAGAAUGCUCCAUGGUUUAAAGAAGAUAGUUGGAAAAAGUAAUUCACCUAUAAAUGCAGAAAUAAACGAGAAUCAAGAUUCUAUUACUAACUCAAGUAUGACCUGCACAUCAUCCAUUAAAUCUACGAAAAAGCGGAAAGUCAUUGAAUGGCUAGACCCACAAAGUACUAAAAAAAAGAGGAUUAGUGAUAAAAUAGAAAAAUCUAAGAAAACUGGUUUGAAUAUAGAUCGUUUUGUAUCAAAAAGUAAACAAAAAGUAGACUCUAGUUCAAGUAUACGUACAUUUAAUCCUUAUACUGAUAGACGAUGGAGUUUGGCACAUAAUUCUCCUGUAUCAUUUGAAAAGCGCAGAACAAAUAGUGAUGGUUCAUUGCAUCUCAAAAAGUCAAUAUUAAAGGAGACAGAAACUUCAAAUUCUAACAAUCAUAGCAAUUAUAGUGAUGUAUUUGUUGAUGCUGAUAUAAAUUUAUCAGAUUAUAAUAAUGAACAAGUAUUAUUAAAAAAGGAAGCCAAUAAUACUGAUAUCAAUCAAUGGCAUAUUAAAUUUAAUAAUAGUUCAGAGAAAUUGAAACAUAUAAACAAACAUUCAGAUCCACCUAUAGGAACAGCAGUAACAAAAGAUGAAUAUGAAGAAUAUGUAAGGAUACCAAAGAGUGAAUAUGAAGAAAUAAAAAAUAGAGUUUCUGCUAUCGAAUCUCGUAUAUCGCAAGAAUUUGGAUAUAUUGAUGAUGCAAGAAAUGAAAGUUUGAUAGAAAAUUCUGUAAAUAAAGUACAAACAGAGUAUGAAAAAACGUUAGAAGAAGCAGGUAUAAAAAAUAUUGUGACAGCCGAUCAUUUAGCAAAAAAACUUGGAAAAGAGCUAAAAAUCAGAAGAUCGAGUGAACGUAAAGUGAUAAGAUCCCCAAGUGCUCGAAAAAUAGGAAGCUUACGAAGACGAUCGCAAGAAAAAAUUAAAAGUAAAUGUGUUAGUCGUACCGAUUCAUGGCAUGCGUCUCAAGAGUGGCAACGUAAAUGUAGAAAUCAAUCCAACGAGCAAGAUAUAGUUUGUCUUGCAAAUGAAGAAUCAGAUACAGCUGUCGAGCUAACAAAACAAGUAUCAAGUUUGAGAAAUGAUUCAUUGUGCAGUUCAAAGACAAAUACAAGAUUGGAAUUAUUACAAAAACAGUUAAAUGACUUAAUCUCUCAUACAACAGAACAUACAAGAGAUUCGCUAACUGAUGAUGAAUCAAUUAUAAAUGACAUCAAUAUGCAUACACCAAAACAAAGUCCAUUAAAGUUCUCCGUUCGUAGAGCAUCAUCUUUUCAUGGCAAUGAAUUUAUAAACAAUUCAUUUUACUUUAAUCGAAAAGUCAAAGAAUUGAAAAAAACCAAUAGCCAACAAAAUGUCUUUUUAAAUAAUGAUUAUCAAGAUAGACAAAACGACGUGUCUCAAAAUUGGAAAGAAACAUCGAUUUCUUGGAAAGAUGCGGGUGAUUAUUUCAAAUCUACUGUUCAAAUACGUACGCCAGUCCCUCAAACAGGUCGAGCAUCUGUUGCUAAACUUAGAACUCAAAAUGCUGGUAUGGUAUUAGCUAAAGCAAAACUAUUUGAUGAAAAUACAAUAAAGAUGUCUACAUGUACGUUUGACAACAGUCAAAGUCAAAAAGGUUAUGUAGUAAAUACAAAUAAAAAAGAAUUUGCAAAAGAAUCUAAAAGUGAAAAAAUAAAUAUUAUGAACAUAGAAAAGUCAUGUUGCGAUUUGGAAACUAAACGUAAUAUUUCAGUACAUAAAAGACUUGAAAGACAUUCAAGGAAUAAAAAUUUGACUCAAUUCCAGUCACCAAAAAUGUCUUUAAGAAAUAAGAAUAAUUCAAUGGAUAUAUCAUUAGAAAUAAAUGAAGAAGACUUUGAAAAGCAUUAUAACAGACGACACUGUGAAAAAUAUAAUCAAAAUUUAUUAGAGAAAAGUAAUAAGUCGCCAAUGCAGAAAUCGUACUAUUUAAAUGAACAGAACAAUAAAGAAUAUAAAAAGUGUAGUCCCCAAAAAGAAAAUAUAGUGGUAAGAACUUCUUCUAUAUUGAAAAACACAUCUACAAAUAAAGUAGAUGAGGAAUCAAAUGUGAAUAUUUAUAAGUCUGAAAAUGGAUUAUGUAAAACUCCACAUAUCAAAAGACCAUUAGCUAUUAAAACACCUAAAAGUUCUAAAUCUCUUGUGAGACGUCCACCGUUAGACACACGUAGAACACCUUUGAAAGCCAUUGCACAUUUAGAAGUAUCCAAAUAUCAAAGUCCUAAGCGUAUUUCAAAACUUAAAAAUUUAAUGAAUGAACAUUAAGUACUAAGUCUUCAAUAGAAAACUAUAAUAAUGAAUGCUUCCAAUAUGUGGCCAUAUAUAUGUGUAAGAUUACAUCCAGAAAGCUUUGUAUUUAGAAUUAUUUUAAAAUCUUGGAUUUUGAAAAUUUCUAAAAGCUAGUCAUCUACAAUUGAUAUAUUGUGAAGGUAUUAUUACCAUGACUAAGUUCAAAAUAGAUGUAUCACACAGUCUAUUAUAUAUAUAAAAAUUUAUUUUUUGUAACUGUACGCAUAAAUAUAAACCAUAGAUAUAAGUCUAAAUAAUUUGUUCUUUUAGGAAAUAUUUAGUCUUCUUUUAUUUAUUAACGUAAUUUUGUAUAAUAUUGUACUUUUAUACUGCAUUUACUAUUUUGUAUAUCAAUUUUCUGAAAAGUAUAAAUAAAUUGAUAUAAUAUAAAGAGAGAAAUUGUGUAAAUGAUGUAAACUUUAUAUAAAUUGUACUUUCAUAAAAACAUUUCAUACUUUAUGAAAAUAAUCCACGUGGUAUAAUAACAUACGAAAACGUAAUUGCUAAAUGACCAAUCACAUUGCGUUGUUUGCUUUUAUAUUUAUGACUGUUUAUUACCUUCCACUCGUAGCGUAUGCUACAGGAUAAUCGAUGCUGUAUAACUAUAGCAACAGGUAUGAACAGGAUACAAAGUAAAAGUGCAAUAGGAAAACACAGUCUUCACUGUACCUACACCUAUUGUAUCGGUGCAUAAACUUGUAUAGCUUAUAUCUCUCUCGUAACUUAACAAUCGAAUUAGCGUGUGACAGAAAUUUUUGUAUGUGCCCAUGUACAGUAUACAUUGUUUAAAUUAUUAUUAAAUUAUUGAAAGUAGACAUUUUUUAAGGUUAGUCUUAUAGAAAGAGGAUUGCGAAAUUUAUUCAUUGAAAUACGAAAGAAAACUAAUUUGAUAACUAUUAAAGUCAAUAAAAAGCUUGUUUUUGUUGAUAUUAGAUGAAUUGCAUUUGAUAACGAUUGCAAGUUCAAAAUUUAAUUAUAUUAGAAUAUUAAGUUAAAAUUAUUUUAUAUUUAAUGCUUAUUAUGAGCUAUAUAGUGUUUAAGCAAAUGUACAGACUUCAUUAUCAUAAAUUGUUGUUAUAUAAGUAUUAAUAACUUGUUGUUAAAUAAGUAUUAAUAAUAGAAUUCACUAUAGUGUUAUACAUAUCUUAAAUGAAUACUGAAUAAUUGAAGGAAUUGUUUAUUCUAAUCUGCGAAUAUGAAAUAAGAGAGCUAUAAUGUUUAUCGUUUGAAAUUCAACGUUAGACUGAUUAUUUAUCAUCUAUCAAAGUCGCUGUAACCUUUUUCCUUCUUCGUUAUUGUUUACAUCAUUAACCGAUAACGACAACGAGAAUAAAAAUUCGUAUAUUAAUGAAAAAUAUUAAUUAUUCAAGCUUGUAUGGAAAAAGAGAAAUGACACGUUUACUUUUCGAAAUAUAACUAGCUUAUUUUGUUCAUAACAUAUGUCUCCAACGAUUUAAACUUUAAACUUUAAAGAGUUCUCUAGAUCAUGGAUAAUGUAGAACUCGUGUUUUGAUUUUUAUAAAAAUAAUAUACGGAUCUAAAUGGUUGACAUUAUUCUAAAUGCUUCUAUUAAAAUUCUUAAAUAUCUGGUAUAUAAAAUAUAUAAGGAACUACGUAUUUUUCUAAAAUUUAACAAUAUCAACAUAUGGAAUAGAUCAAGAAAAUCUGAGCAUUGAUUUACGUAAACAAUAGGUAUUAUUUUAUAUAGGGAUAUAUUUGUAUACUUCACGGAACAAACGUAUAUUAAAGAAUAAAUGUAAUUAGUAGUGAGAGUAUGAGCUUCUUUUUAUCGCAAAGUUCAAGGGGCGCCACUAUACGAAACAUUUUUUUUUUUUUAUAAAUAAUGUAGGAAGCAGCGUGUUUAUAUCAAUAGUGAUUGAAAAUGUAAUUCUUGACCGAUUUUGAUAAACUAGGUCUCAUUUUAAAUACGAAGAUUUAAACAAGAUCAUAACUUUUUCGAAUUUUUGAAAAAAUUUUAUCUUUAUACAUAAACCAUUCUUGAAGAAACAUGAUUUUUGAGACGAUUGUUCUUUUCAAAGAAACUAAAGCUUUGUCAAAAAUUCGAAAAAGCUAUGUCUUCGUUUAAACCUUUAUCUUUAAAAUGAAACCUUGUUCAUUAAAAUCGGUCAUGAAUUACAUCUGUAUUCAUCGUUGGCAUAAACCAUUAUAAAAUCAGUACAGUGUGAUGUACACCCUUAAUGUAC